AUGAUGUGCGUUGUUUUCGUAAUUGCCAUUCUGACGGUGGGUGGCACUACAGCAGCUUCCUCAGUUAUCGCAGACUGUGAAGCUGGCCCGAAAGUGACUCUCACCAUCACGGGUGCAACAAACGGCUACACCGUGUAUGGUGUCGGUACAGGAUGUGCUUCAACCACCGUAACCAGUUCACCGCAAACGUAUAUUAUGGACACAUCGGACGCAGGAUGUACAUUUACAUUUGACACGGAGUUUUAUUUGGUUAUUCAACAAUACAGCGGUUUUGUUUCAUUAAACGACGAGGUAUUUGGAGUGACGUGUAACAUCGAUUUGACUUCCCAAAUUAAAACUGCAUCCGUCGUAACAACGCUGCUCGGCCAGACUGCCGCUGUCUCAGACGUAUUCGGCACAACGGUGACGUUUGCGGUAGUAGACGGGACGGGAACUGCACUUACUAGCGUCAGUGUUGGAGACGCUGUUAAUUUGAAGGCGUCAAUUCCUUCGGCCGAUAAUGCUGCGUUUGGAUUUACUAUCAGCACCGUAACAUUCAAGGUCGGCGCUGAGGCACCCGUUACAGUUAUAGAUGAUGGAUGCCCGGUCAAUGGCGCUCCCAUUCAAGCGCCAGGGAAAGAGGAUAUUGGAUCUGACGGAAUCCUUUUGGUUCCUUUCAACAUGUUCUUACCGGUGGCAGUUGGUAGCAGGCCCGCACCGUCAUCGGCUCUUUCAUCUGUCACAAUUGAAGUCGAUGUUGCACUUUGCGACGGAAAUUGUGUAGCGGUGACUUGCGGAGCAAAAAAACGACGAUCCGCUGAUGGACUUGUAAGCACUGAUGUCAUGACUUUGAACCGACCAUUGGUGAUCUUGCCUCCAGGCAUGUCCGUCGUGUCAACGAAUGACACCAUCAACUAUCCGGGAAGAUCUGAAGCCAAGGAGGUGUCCACCUUUUCCACUGAACUGAUUGCAGUUGUUGUCGCCCUGGGCGUUGUGCUCACGAUUUGCAUCUUGGUGUUGGUGGUCUUGGUCAUCCGUCUUCGUCGAUACAUGGAUGCACGCGAUUCGAAAAUAUAG